GUUGCGAAGGAAAGAAAGAAAAGGAACAAGGAAGAAGAGAAGAGACGAGAAGGAUAGAGACGGAAUCUCGAGUGGUAAAAGAAAAACUGCAAAUACUGCAGAAUCCUCUUUCAGCUCUCUUUGCCUGGGGAAAUAUUCGUAGCUGUUUUCUUUCUGCUUGGAUUUGAAGGUUUUUGCGAAAUGAUCUGCUUGCUUCAGGCAAGGAUUUGCACAGACUGUGCUUCAUAAGGAUCAUAUUGGUGAUUUUUGCCAGUUUAGCAUAUUAUGGCAUCUUCUGCUAUGGGGGGUCCAGUUGGAAAACCCAGUAGUGCUAUUCCAUUAUUUGCUGAUAAACUUCCGGAGGAGAUUAAUGAAAUGAAGAUCAGAGAUGAGAAGGUUGAAAAGGAGAUGGAAGCGACAGUGGUUGAUGGAAAUGGUACAGAAACUGGACAUAUAAUUGUAACUACCAUCGGUGGUCGAAAUGGUCAACCCAAACAGACAAUAAGUUACAUGGCAGAGCGAACAGUUGGACAGGGAUCCUUUGGUAUUGUAUUUCAGGCUAAGUGCCUAGAAACUGGAGAAACUGUUGCUAUCAAGAAGGUCCUUCAGGAUAAGAGAUAUAAGAACCGUGAGCUGCAAACAAUGCGCCUUCUUGAUCAUCCUAAUGUUGUUUCUCUCAAACACUGCUUUUUUUCCACAACGGAAAAGGAUGAGCUGUAUCUUAAUCUGGUGCUCGAGUAUGUACCUGAGACAGUUUACCGAGUAAUAAAGCACUACACCAAGGCAAAUCAGCGGAUGCCUCUCAUAUAUGUCAAGCUUUAUGCCUAUCAGAUUUGUAGAGCUCUUGCCUACAUUCAUGGAGGAAUAGGAGUAUGCCAUAGGGACAUUAAGCCACAGAAUCUACUGGUUAAUCCACAUACUCAUCAGGUCAAGCUGUGCGAUUUUGGAAGUGCAAAAGUUCUGGUGAAAGGCGAGCCAAAUAUAUCAUAUAUUUGUUCUCGUUAUUAUCGAGCACCCGAACUAAUAUUCGGGGCUACUGAAUACACUACCGCAAUUGAUAUAUGGUCUGCAGGCUGUGUUCUUGCUGAGUUACUUCUUGGACAGCCUCUCUUUCCUGGUGAGAGUGGCGUCGAUCAGCUGGUCGAAAUAAUCAAGGUACUUGGGACUCCUACCCGUGAAGAAAUUAAAUGUAUGAACCCAAAUUAUACUGAGUUUAAGUUCCCACAAAUCAAGGCUCAUCCCUGGCACAAGAUAUUUCACAAGCGCAUGCCACCAGAAGCAGUGGAUCUUGUCUCAAGACUCCUCCAGUAUUCUCCAAAUCUUAGGUGCACUGCUUUAGAGGCUUGUAUCCAUCCCUUCUUUGAUGAACUCCGGGAUCCCAAUACUCGUCUUCCGAAUGGGCGCCCCCUGCCUCCGCUCUUCAACUUCAAACCCCAAGAGCUGAAAGGCGCAACUUUGGAGCUUCUCUCUAAACUCAUUCCAGAACAUGCUCGUAAGCAGUGCUCUUUCCUUGAUUUUUAGAUCAAAAUGCGAAGUAAAUGAUAUUUUCCUCGUCAGACAGGUAUGAAAAUCCUUGAAAAUGUAACUGUAUGUCUGUGAACAUCAAUUGUAAUGCAUUUUUAUUAGAAAAAAAUUUUAUGGAGGAUUAACGCUGCUUGUUGAUGUGGGUCGAAUGUUGGCUAUUGAAAUAACUGUUCACUAGGAUUAUGACUUUUCUGUCUUAAAAAUGAUUAGACUGCUGGCCUAUAUUUGAAUGA